GGUUUCCUGCUACGGGGCAGGGAGGGGGCAGAGAAAGAGCCGCUGCAGGCACGGGCACAGGGACUCAGGGCUGUCCUGGGAAGUUGCUGUCCCAUUUCACAGGAGAGGAGACUGAGGCCUGCCGGGGAAAAGCUGCAGCAGGCUGGUGGGCCAGGCUGUGGUGCCCACCUGGUGAUGCAGGGCAAGGACCCCUGCACAAGCCACUGAGAGCUCCGAAAACGUCCCCGGCCGCUGCCAUGGCCCGCCUGGCCGCCGUGCUGUGGAGCCUCUGCAUCACCGCCGUCCUGGUCACCUCGGCCACCCAAGGCCUGAGCCGGGCCGGACUCCCAUUCGGGCUGAUGCGCCGGGAGCUGGCAUGCGAAGGCUACCCCAUCGAGCUGCGGUGCCCAGGCAGUGAUGUCAUCAUGGUGGAAAACGCCAAUUACGGACGCACAGAUGACAAGAUCUGCGACGCUGACCCUUUCCAGAUGGAGAACGUGCAGUGCUACCUGCCGGAUGCCUUCAAGAUCAUGUCGCAGAGGUGUAAUAACCGCACCCAGUGCGUGGUGGUUGCCGGCUCCGACGCCUUUCCUGACCCCUGUCCUGGGACCUACAAGUACCUGGAGGUGCAGUACGACUGUGUCCCCUACAAAGUGGAGCAGAAAGUCUUCGUGUGCCCAGGGACCCUGCAGAAGGUGCUGGAGCCCACCUCCACGCACGAGUCGGAGCACCAGUCUGGUGCGUGGUGCAAGGAUCCACUGCAGGCGGGGGACCGCAUCUACGUCAUGCCCUGGAUCCCCUACCGCACGGACACGUUGACCGAGUAUGCCUCCUGGGAGGACUACGUGGCAGCGCGCCACACCACCACCUACCGCCUGCCCAACCGCGUGGAUGGCACUGGCUUUGUGGUCUACGACGGCGCCGUCUUCUACAACAAGGAGCGCACACGCAACAUUGUCAAGUACGACCUGCGCACACGCAUCAAGAGCGGGGAGACAGUCAUCAACACGGCCAACUACCAUGACACCUCGCCCUACCGCUGGGGAGGCAAGACUGACAUCGAUCUGGCCGUGGACGAGAAUGGGCUGUGGGUCAUCUAUGCCACUGAGGGCAACAAUGGGCGGCUGGUGGUAAGCCAGCUCAACCCCUAUACACUGCGCUUCGAGGGCACGUGGGAAACAGGAUACGACAAGCGCUCAGCGUCCAACGCCUUCAUGGUGUGCGGUGUCCUCUACGUGCUGCGCUCGGUCUAUGUGGAUGACGACAGUGAGGCAGCUGGCAACCGCGUGGACUACGCCUUCAACACCAAUGCUAACCGCGAGGAGCCGGUCAGCCUGGCCUUCCCCAAUCCCUACCAGUUCGUCUCCUCUGUGGACUACAACCCGCGUGACAACCAGCUCUACGUCUGGAACAACUACUUCGUGGUGCGCUAUAGCCUGGAGUUUGGACCUCCGGACCCCAGUGCCGGCCCAGCCACUUCCCCGCCCCUCAGCACGACCACCACAGUCCGGCCCACACCCCUCACCAGCACGGCCUCACCUGCAGCCACCACCCCACUCCGCCGGGCACCCCUCACCACACACCCGGUGGGUGCCAUCAACCAGCUGGGACCUGACCUGCCUCCAGCCACAGCCCCAGCCCCCAGUACCCGGCGGCCCCCAGCCCCUAAUCUGCACGUGUCUCCAGAGCUCUUCUGUGAACCACGAGAGGUGCGGCGGGUCCAGUGGCCGGCCACCCAGCAGGGCAUGCUGGUGGAGAGGCCCUGCCCCAAGGGGACUCGAGGAAUUGCCUCCUUCCAGUGUCUACCAGCCCUGGGGCUCUGGAACCCCCGGGGCCCUGACCUCAGCAACUGCACCUCCCCCUGGGUCAACCAGGUGGCCCAGAAGAUCAAGAGCGGGGAGAAUGCAGCCAACAUUGCAAGUGAGCUGGCCCGCCACACCCGGGGCUCCAUUUAUGCGGGAGAUGUGUCUUCCUCCGUGAAGCUGAUGGAACAGCUGCUGGACAUCCUGGAUGCCCAGCUGCAGGCUCUGCGGCCCAUUGAGCGCGAGUCGGCUGGCAAGAACUAUAACAAGAUGCACAAGCGGGAGAGAACCUGCAAGGACUACAUUAAGGCUGUGGUGGAGACAGUGGACAACCUGCUGCGGCCAGAGGCUCUUGAGUCCUGGAAGGACAUGAAUGCCACAGAGCAGGUGCAUACAGCCACCAUGCUCCUGGACGUACUGGAGGAGGGUGCCUUCCUGCUGGCCGACAAUGUCAGGGAGCCGGCCCGCUUUUUGGCUGCCAAACAGAAUGUGGUCUUGGAGGUCACGGUUCUGAACACAGAGGGCCAAGUGCAGGAGCUGGUGUUCCCCCAGGAGUACCCGAGCGAAAACUCCAUCCAGCUGUCAGCCAACACCAUCAAGCAGAACAGCCGCAAUGGGGUGGUCAAAGUUGUCUUCAUCCUCUACAACAACCUGGGUCUUUUCCUGUCCACUGAGAACGCCACAGUGAAGCUGGCGAGCGAAACGGGCGCGGGCAGCCCAGGGGGCACCUCCCUGGUGGUGAACUCACAGGUCAUUGCAGCCUCCAUCAAUAAGGAGUCCAGUCGUGUCUUCCUCAUGGACCCUGUCAUCUUUACUGUGGCCCACCUGGAGGCCAAGAACCACUUCAAUGCUAACUGCUCCUUCUGGAACUACUCGGAGCGCUCCAUGCUGGGCUACUGGUCGACCCAGGGCUGCCGCCUGGUGGAGUCCAACAAGACCCACACCACAUGUGCCUGCAGCCACCUCACCAACUUUGCCGUGCUCAUGGCUCACCGUGAGAUCUACCAGGGCCGCAUCAACGAGCUGCUGCUGUCAGUCAUCACCUGGGUAGGCAUCGUGAUCUCCCUGGUCUGCUUGGCCAUCUGCAUCUCCACCUUCUGCUUCCUGCGGGGACUGCAGACUGACCGCAAUACCAUCCACAAGAACCUGUGCAUCAACCUCUUCCUGGCUGAGCUGCUCUUCCUGGUUGGCAUAGACAAGACUCAGUAUGAGAUUGCCUGCCCCAUCUUCGCUGGCCUGCUGCACUACUUUUUCCUGGCUGCCUUCUCCUGGCUGUGCCUGGAGGGUGUGCACCUCUAUCUGCUGCUGGUAGAGGUGUUUGAGAGCGAGUACUCCCGCACCAAGUACUACUACCUAGGUGGCUACUGCUUCCCAGCCCUGGUGGUAGGCAUCGCAGCUGCCAUUGACUACCGCAGCUAUGGCACCGAGAAGGCUUGCUGGCUCCGAGUGGAUAAUUAUUUCAUCUGGAGCUUCAUUGGGCCCGUCUCCUUUGUUAUUGUGGUGAACCUGGUGUUCCUCAUGGUGACCCUGCACAAGAUGAUCCGGAGCUCAUCUGUGCUCAAGCCUGACUCGAGUCGCCUAGACAACAUUAAAUCCUGGGCCCUGGGGGCCAUCGCGCUGCUCUUCCUGCUGGGCCUCACCUGGGCUUUCGGCCUCCUCUUCAUCAAUAAGGAGUCGGUAGUCAUGGCCUAUCUCUUUACCACCUUCAACGCCUUCCAGGGGGUCUUCAUCUUCGUCUUUCACUGCGCCUUACAGAAGAAGGUGCACAAGGAGUACAGCAAGUGCCUGCGACACUCCUACUGCUGCAUCCGCUCCCCGCCCGGGGGGGCUCAUGGCUCACUUAAGACCUCAGCCAUGCGGAGCAACACCCGCUACUACACAGGGACCCAGAGCCGAAUCCGGAGGAUGUGGAAUGACACCGUGAGGAAACAGACAGAAUCUUCCUUCAUGGCGGGUGACAUCAACAGUACCCCCACCCUGAACCGAGGUACCAUGGGGAACCACCUGCUGACCAACCCCGUGCUCCAGCCUCGUGGCGGCACUAGCCCCUACAACACCCUCAUCGCCGAGUCAGUGGGCUUCAAUCCCUCCUCACCCCCUGUCUUCAACUCCCCAGGGAGCUACCGGGAACCCAAGCACCCCUUGGGAGGCCGGGAAGCCUGCGGCAUGGACACACUGCCCCUCAACGGCAACUUCAACAACAGUUACUCCUUGCGAAGUGGGGAUUUCCCUCCAGGGGAUGGGGCACCUGAGCCACCCCGAGGCCGGAACCUGGCAGAUGCUGCUGCCUUUGAGAAGAUGAUCAUCUCAGAGCUGGUGCACAACAACCUGCGGGGUGGCAGCAGCGGGGCCAAAGGCCCUCCACCACCUGAGCCCCCGGUGCCACCUGUGCCGGGGGGUGGCAGUGAGGAAGAGGCUGGUGGGCCCGGGGGUGCUGACCGGGCGGAGAUUGAACUUCUCUACAAGGCCCUGGAGGAGCCACUGCUGCUGCCCCGGGCCCAGUCGGUGCUGUACCAGAGCGAUCUGGACGAGUCAGAGAGCUGCACAGCAGAGGACGGGGCCACCAGCCGGCCCCUCUCCUCCCCUCCGGGCCGGGACUCCCUCUAUGCCAGUGGGGCCAACCUUCGGGACUCGCCCUCCUACCCGGACAGCAGCCCUGAGGGGCCCAGUGAGGCCCUGCCCCCACCCCCACCCGCGCCCCCUGUCCCCCCUGAAAUCUACUACACCUCGCGCCCACCAGCCUUGGUGGCCCGAAACCCCCUGCAGGGCUACUACCAGGUGCGGCGGCCCAGCCACGAAGGCUAUUUGGCAGCCCCAGGCCUUGAGGGGCCAGGGCCUGAUGGGGAUGGGCAGAUGCAGCUGGUCACCAGCCUCUGAGGGACCUCAUGGACCGGGGGCCGGUAGCCCAGGCCAGGGAGGGAACCCUGAGUAGGGCUCUGAGGGGAUAGGGAGACUGAAGGAGGCAGUGGCUGGUGGGCCACUCUCCAGGCAUCCCUUGUCUGAGGGCCCUCAAGGCCUCUUGGGGGC